AUGCCCGCAUAUUUCUACCAUCUCAGUGUCGAAGUCCUCUAUGAUUCUUCUUCCUCUCUCGCACUAGAUUCGAUCUGCGAAGCUCUGCUACCAUUUCAACGGCGAGACCGCGUGUCAUCGUCUGCGUGUUCUGGUAGUGGUGGUAGUGGCGCCAACAACCACCAUUAUCAGAAUAGUGCUUUUCCACCCCCUGCAAACGUGUCUUCAGGAAAGGCAAUCUUCACUACGACUCUCGAUAGACGACCCCCAUCAACCUCUUCUACCUCCCUGGCCACUACCGAACCUGCCGUUUCAUCGAAUCGCUCUAUUCGACAGUCAUCGCCCGCGCCAGCUUUUCAAAAAGGGUACCACUCCGUAUCGCUCAACCGUCCCACUGACCUUGAUACCGACGCUCGCACUGGUCCGAUCCUCGUGGAUUGCAUUGAUAUGGUCGCGCCGGAUGACGGGCCGGGGAAGCGUAAUCCCAGAGGUGGGAGUGCCGCUGCGCCAGGAAAGGAGGGUCAACGCUCAGGAUUCACGGUGAAUGCGGACAAUCUCGUCGCGGCGGGCAUUGGAACCGACAUCCUCGGCGGAUUGCGCACAAAGGGCCGAUAUAUCCCCCUCGAUCGGGAGAUUCAGGAGAGCAUCUGGGGGAUUGUGCAUUUGUACCGUGAUGUGGAAGAGACUCCUCAUCUGGUGGGCAAUGGGGAUGAUUAUCCCACAUAUUUGAAGGGCUCGGCGGCGGCGGCGCGACAUCCUGCAGAUCAGCAGGAUGGCGGGACGAGUCUGUCGGGGGGUGGGAAAUCCUCUGGCGGUUACAGCGCGGCGGGUGGUUCAUCGGUUGAGAGGACUGGCUCGGCUGGGAAGAAGAUGGCGCAGGAUGAGAGCUGCUCGACAUUGUGCAUACUGGCAGUGCCGAGUUAUCUGUCGCCGCCGGACUUUUUGGGGUUUGUCGGGCAGAGGACGAUGGAUGAUGUGAGUCACUUUCGGAUGAUACGCACGCCACGGGCCAAUCGAUAUAUGGUCUUGAUGAAGUUUCGGGGUGCGAAGAGGGCCCAGGAGUGGCAGAGGGAAUGGAAUGGGAAGGUAUUCAAUAGCAUGGAGCCCGAGACAUGCCAUGUCGUCUUCGUCAAGUCGGUUGAGAUUCAAGUUGUUGAACCCGAUUCGUCGUCUGUAUACUCAUCUGUCGAAGCGGGCAUUCAUCCACCACCGCUAAAACAUACCCCAUCCUCCGCUGCACAAGCCACGCUCUCGACAAAACCUCUCGCUCCUCCUACACCCGCUUUGAUUGAACUUCCCACCUGUCCUGUAUGUCUCGAGCGUAUGGAUGAGACCACCGGUCUUCUCACCAUCAUCUGCCAACACGUUUUCCACUGCACAUGCCUCCAAAAAUGGAAAGGCAGCGGAUGCCCAGUCUGUCGAUACACGCAAGACGAUUUUCGUAGAGGUUCCACCGCCGCGACAGGCGACGAGGAACCCGCUGAGUGCAGCGUCUGCCACACAGAGGAUAAUCUCUGGGCGUGUCUCAUCUGUGGCUCCGUCGGCUGUGGUCGUUACGAUGGCGCCCACGCCUUUGAUCACUGGAAGCAAACCUCGCACGCCUUCGCCAUAGAUCUCCAUUCCCAGCGCGUAUGGGACUAUGUCGGUGACGCUUACGUCCACCGAAUCAUCCAGAGCAAGACAGACGGCAAGCUCGUCGAGCUGCCCGCCGCCGACCACUCCGCACUCGAUCCACCCGACUGGGCCGACGCGGUGCCGCGCGAGAAACUGGAGAACAUGAGCGUGGAAUACACCCACCUCCUCACUUCCCAACUGGAAAGUCAGCGCGCAUACUUUGAGGAAAUCGUCGAACGAGCCGCAGACAAGGCCUCUCAAGCCAGCGCUGCCGCCACCGCCGCCGAGAAUGCAGCUAGUGCAGCGACAGCUCGACUGGCCGAGCUGCAGACCCAAUUCGACGCCCUCUCCUCCGAGUCGCUACCGAGCAUGGAGCGCGAACGAUCCCGUCUGGAAAAACGCGCGGAGAAAUUUGAAUCCCUUGCGCGUCGCUUGGAAAAGGAUUACCGUGAAGAAAAGACGAUGAAUUCCAGCCUGAUGGAGAAACUGGACCAUGUGUCGGGGGAGAACCUGUCUCUGAAGGGUGAAAUUGAAACCUUGAAGGCGGAGAUUUUGGAUCUGCAGGAGCAGAAUCGCGAUUUGACCUUUUUCAUCAGUGGGAGUCAGAAAUUGCAAGGGGCGGGCGAGGAUAUUGAGCAGGGAACAGUUAGUGUGCCUGAUCCUCCUCCGGGUACGGAAUCGGGGAAGAAGAAGAGGAAUCGAGGGAAGGGGAGGAGAUGA